GGCUGCAGCUGUCACUCCCCGGAAAGCACAAGGGCCGGCAUGUAGAGCGCUACGUCGCAGUGUCACUCAGAAGAAGACCGUUAAGAGCCGCCAUGUUGCUGAGCAGAGCAACCAGUGGGUCAGAGCCUGGCCGGGAAGUAGAUCUGGAACAGGACCUCCAUGUGAGGGGUACCACAGAGGGGCCAGGGGACGUCAGUGAGCUGGAGUUCCUGGAGGACUCCUCCGUCUCCACCUCCUGCUCCACCUCCUGCUCCUCCUCCUCUCCCGAAGCAGUGACAGGAGAGUCCUUCUGCCAGUGUGAGCUCCAGGCAGCCCCCGGCCACGGGACCCCGCUACAGGGCCCUGCGGCAGAAUGCCUCUGUGGGGAGGAGGACGACGGCUUCAGUUGGGUGUGGGAGGAGACCAGUAAGUCCACCGAGGUGUCUCUGAGCUGCGGUGGGAGGAAGGCCAGCUUCCACGCCGACUACAGCUGUGGCACGGCGGCUACCCGCGGUACCGAGGCCCUGGCCGAGGGCCAGCACUUCUGGGAAAUCAAGAUGACCUCCCCGGUGUAUGGGACCGACAUGAUGGUUGGUGUCGGAACGUCUGAGGUGAACCUGGACAAGUUCAAGUACAGUUUUUGCAGCAUGUUGGGCAACGACGAAGACAGCUGGGGACUGUCCUACACAGGUCUGCUGCAGCACGGGGGGACCAAGGAGAUGUUCUCCCCCAGGUUCGGCCAGGGCUCCAUUAUCGGGGUACACCUGGACACCUGGCACGGAACCCUCACCUUCUACAAGAACCGGCACUACAUAGGUGUGGCCACCACCCGGCUGCAGAACAAGGCCUUCUACCCCAUGGUCUGCUCCACAGCCGCCAAGAGCAGCGUGAAGGUGAUCCGAGCACGCCACUCCCCCACCUCCCUGCAGUACCUCUGCUGCGCUCGCCUUCGCAAGCAGAUGCCCCGCUGCCCAGACGUGCUGCGGGCGCUGGACCUCCCGCCGGGCCUCCUCCGUCUCCUCCAGUCCCAGCUGGGUUGGGUCUUCAACCUCCCCCAGGGACCGGAGCAGCCACUCAGAGACACGGUGGCCAACGACCUCACCCAGGACCCGAUGGGUCCCCGAUCCUCUGGCAGCCCAGUGUCCACCCAGAGUGCCUCUCCCUCCCCCAGCCCGCUCAACGACACACCGCCCUGCCGGGCGUGUCCCCAGGGGUACCUUGACACCGGGGGUACCUGCGUCUGUCCUCCGACACCCCCCAGUAGUGACUCCUCUGAGCCCGAGGACUACCAGAGCAAGCAGGGCUGCAGGACUUGAGCCCGCCUACAUCCUCCCCCGCUCUCCCCAAACGGCUGCUGGCAGUAUACCAGGGGCCCCGGGGAGCCAAUCAUAGCUUUUGUCCGAUUUCUAUAAUUUGCCCAAAGUAAAGUCAUACGCUUAUACACUAGCAGCCACAAGCACACCUAUGGAGCUUCAUUAUGUCAUUGUUUACCUAAAUGAUAAUCAUCCCGUUACACUUAUCAAGUUUGUGUUUUGUGACGCGGAUUUGGAUUUGUGUUCAUAUCAUAUUGUGAUAAAAUAAAACACAUCUACCGUUCUAACUUGAAGGUCAGCAGAAAAUAUACUUUAAUGCUGUUGGAACAGUUGGCCUUUUCAGUAACUAUGCUGGCUUAUUGGCCUCUGCUACUGUGGAAAAGUAGUGAACAAAGAGUCGCCAUUUAGCCAAUACACGCAUGACUUCAUAUCCAUAUCAUGUUUGUGUGCCCACUGCCCAUCAAAGACAUUUGUGAAUGAAGGAGACACAGCAACGUUGCAAGGGACAGAGUACUGCAACACUAUGAAUGGCUCAGGUCUACAACAGCAUCACCUGUGGUGAAACGGCUGUUUCACCAAACCUUAAAUGCCAAGAUUGAUUUUAGCUUAACUUAAAAAAAGAAAAAAGCUUACACAAACGACUUCUAUAACCUACUACACCAAUGGUGGAAGGCUUGAUGUGGUUGUCGGUUUAUGAUCUGACAACAAGCCACUUUCAAUGUUUUUCUCAUGGAUCGGCUUCCAAGAAGUCUGGAUUUGUGUAAUGGAUUCUGUAGAUACCAGAAUUUCAUUUUUUUAUGCAAUCUACAGUAGUUAAGGUUUAAACAGCCAUUGUCAUUUUAAUGCUUUGAAAUGUGAAUGAAUGUAUAUUUUCUUACUUUGUACUGAGGAAACUCAUAAAAUUAAACAUUACCUAUUUCCGCACAACCUGAAUGAUUGAUUUCUUCAAAUGUAUAUGAAUGCAUGUCCAUUAAUCCUUACAAUUAAAAGAAAAUCAAAAACGGAACAGUAAUUUUUUUAAUA